AUGGCUGAUGAGGAAAAUAACUUGCGAAGUUCGCAAAAUGAAGUAGAAGUUAUUAAAAUUCCAGAACAUGAAGUCGAAAACAAUGGAGAUAGAGCUCAUGUACAAGAGGCAAAUGAUGAGGAUGUAGAAGAGACAAAGGAUGAGGAAGGACAUGUAAACGAAGAAUUGGCCCAACCUGAUAUUGCACAAUGGACAAUCUUGCUUCAAUUUUUGGGAAUAGACAAGGAACCUGAAGAUAUAGAAUUUUCAGAUUUCAAUGGAAAAGAGUUUCUAAGUAUAGAGCAAGCAGAGUCUUUUUAUAUGAUAUAUUCAAAGAUAAUUGGGUUUGGUGUUAGAAAAAAAAUAAAGAGGGAACUAUAUUCAAAGGAAAUUGAAGGUCUUAUAGUUACUAAUAGAAGUUGGGUGUGUUCGAAUGAAGGUUACAGAGAAAAAAAAUAUAUUAAUAUGGAAAACAGGAGUUCUAAAGCUCGUGAUUUAACAAGGACUGGUUGUCGAGCAGAAUUUAGAAUCAACUUGAACAGAGAAACUGGUAUGUGGGUCACUAAGUGUUUUAGAACCCAUCACAACCAUGCAUUGGGCUCAGCCAUACAAAAACCAUUUCUCAGAUCAAAAAGAAAAUUGACGAAGUCAACAAUGGAACAACUAAUGUUAAUGAAGAGAGCUGGCAUUGGGACAUCCCAAGUUUGGCAGUAUUUAGUUGAAGUUUCUGAUGGUUGGGAAAAUGUGGGAUGCAUGAAAGAUGACUUGUACAAGGGUGUUAUUAAAAAAUAUUCAACUUGGGAUGCUUGUGACACACCAACAGCAAUAGCUUAUCUUGAAGCUAAAAAAGGUCCCGAUCCAAAUUUCUUCUACAAGUAUGAAGUGGACGAUGAAAAUAGACUAACAAAUUUAUUUUGGUCAGACAAUUCUUGCCGAAUUGAUUACCAAUUAUUUGGUGAUUGUUUAUCUUUUGAUUCUACAUACAAAACUAAUAAAUAUGAAAAGCCAUUAGUAAUACUUCUUGGAUCAAGUAAUCAUGAUAAAACAGGUGUUUUUGGUGUUGCACUACUAGAGAAAGAGAACUGGGAAACAAAUAAUUGGGUUUUAGAAACAUUUUUGGAGUGUAUGGAUGGUAAGAUGCCUUUAACUGUGUUGACUGACAAUUGUAAAUCGAUGGACAAAGCACUAUCUAAUGUCAUGCCUGAUGUUGAAGAAUGGGAACAUAAUUGGAUGGAGUUGCUGGAGAAAUAUGACUUGGCUAAUAACAAGUGGAUUAAAGAUCAGUACAAGUCAAGAGAUAAGUGGGCAGAUACUUAUCUUCGAGGUCAUUAUUUUGGUGGUGCUAGAGCAACCGGUAGAUGUGAGUCUAUGAAUGCAUUAUUAAAAAAAGACUUGCAAAAUAAAAUACCAUUGUGGAUGUUUCUACGACAUUUUGACCAUGCUUUGUCUAUGUUACGCUAUACUGAAAUUAAAGAGCACUACAAAACUACGAUGACACAACCUUUAUUGAACCAAACAAAUAUGGAAUGUAUGGAGGACCAGAUUUCCUCAAUUUUCACAAGAGAAAUUUUUAAAAGGAUUAAAGAACAGUUAAAUCGUUCUGAUAAGUAUAUUGUUGUGAAAGACGAAAAAAUACCAGGAUAUACUCUUUGUUUGGUCAAAAAAUACAUGAAAGGUGAAAAUGGAAUUAAGCGUAAGGUUCUUAUUUCUAAUGACCAUGAUGAUGUACGAUGUGACUGCUAUUGGUUUGAGACAAAAGGAAUCCCAUGCAGACAUAUUUUUAUUUCAUUAAAGAAUUUGGAGAUAAUGAAUUUUCCAACUUGUUUGGUGAAGAGCCGGUGGCUAAACGAUGCUAAAGAUAUGCAAUCUGCUACUCUUGGUAUUGAAAGAAGGUGUCCUCAUCCUGAAGUCAUUGAAAAUUCUAGGUACAGUAGUGUUACCUCCCAAACAUGUAUCACAUCUUACCUUGCUUCAAGAUCUCAAGAAGCAUUCGAGAAGGCCAUGUCAGUUAUAUCUAACUUGAAUGCAGAAUUGAAAAAAAUACCUCCAGACAAAGAGUUCAAUAUUCUUAACAAAAAUGAAGGAGAAUUCCCUAAUAAUAUAUUGGACUCUAAGAUCUUAAAAACAAGAGGCAGACCAACUAUAGCAAGCUCAUCUCGAUCAUCCCCUCAGGGAAAGGACAAAAAUAAACGUAAAAGCGACGAUAGACAUUGUGCCAUCUGUAGUGGGACUGAUCACGAUAAAAGAAACUGUCCUACAAAACCAAAGUUGACUACCGAUAGUCCUACGCAGCCAAAAUUACCAAGCAAGGAAAAUGAUCAAGCCAAGAAAAAAAUGAAAGUUAAUAUGUAA